CACCCUCGCAUCCACCUCCCCUCUCCAUCUCGGCCACACAUGUGUCCAUCUCCAUCAGAUGCACCUCAACCGCCGCCGCCGCCCGCAUUCGCCCCUCGUCCGGCCCCAAAGCGAUCGCGCACCGAGGACGACGCUGUCUCAAGCACAAAGCGGCUGCAGUCUGACAGCGGGCGGUCCUACGCCAGCCAGAGCGGACGGUCCUUUAGCAGCCAGACACGCGAACACCUGAAGCGGUUGUACCACAAGCAGUGCUGGUUCUGUCAGGCGCCCGGCAAGCUGGCAUGCUGCCACGUCGUGCCCAGACAAGACCAGGCCAACUUUAGGUCGCUCCGCCGCCUUGGUCUCGUCAACCUGCAAGCCGCUAGCGAUACCGAGAAUGCGCUCUACCUAUGUGGUAGCUGCCAUCCCCAAUACGACGACCAGUUCUGCCCGCAGCUCGUCAUUGUCCCUAAACACCUCGAUUACUUCUUCACCGCCGAGCUGCUGUGGCAAGCCGACUUCCCGAAGACCGGGCAGGCCCGCGUACCUCCCACCCCCGCCACAUACCUCUCCCACUGCGAAGAGCAACACAGCGAGCCUGGCAUGCUCCAGGCCAUCGGGGGACUAUACAAGGCCUACAUGGAUGUCAACUUCCUCCCGCCAAGCAGCAAUCCGCUGCAUGCGUGCGAGCGCCAAUGGCACGGCGAUCCCAUGGCUAUUGUCUAUCGUGCUAUCCAGGCCGCUUAUCGAAUCGUGCAGCCUACGCAUUUUCCCGCCGACGUCCGCACCUCUAUCCUGCAGCUGCAUGCUCUCUACGAGAAGGGAAAUGCGCUCCUAAGGCAGGAUGCUCAACUCGAGCGCCAUACCUCCAGCUCCGCUGGUGCGGCCCAAGGCUUCGGGCACUCCGAUGCGGAAAACUAUCCAAGACCUCCCGCCCCAAACUCUUCGACGCCGGGCUCUCACGCACCCCAAUCAGGCGGGCAACCUCCCCCACCAUUCGGCUGUCCACCGGCACACUCGUUCGCUCGCGAAGCCUCACACUCACACUCGCACCUCGUCUCACCACCGCCCACCGCCUCUCCGGGCGCCAGCCGCAAGCGAAAGCGCGAUGACACCGCCGAUGUGAAUCCCGUGGCUGAGCGGCCCGCGAAACGCCAAUCCCUCCCUACACUCUCUGCCGCAGUGUUGAAGGAACACCAGCUGGCGCAGUGUGAGACAACCGGCAUGCUCCAGUCCUUUCUCGAGGUCAACGCGCGUCGCAACGACAACAACGACCCUACAAACCCCGCCUUUCCGUCUGGGGAUGCUGAUCCCAAGGUGGAUGAUGGAUCAGAACCAUGCCCAGCUGACGGCGCCGACGGCAAGAGUAGCCUUCUUACAAACAGCUCCUCUGCGCGUUCCAAUUCCUCCACCUUUGCCAAGGAAUGUAUAUGGCGAUGGAGUGGGCCAGGAGGAACAAGUGCGAGCAACAUCGAGCGCUGGAAAGGGCUGCUGUUGCGUGCGGAUGCGUCUUCGCAGUCUUGACAUUGGGUGGCUGUAGUAAUUAUGCAAUAACUUUAUGACAUGACCUUGUCUAUUUGGCCUACACCUUGCCUUCCUCCCCAAGCUGCUCUAAACUCUCUGGAAUAGCUGCAGAGAAGCUCGAAUAUCUGUAGACGUUCUCAUGCAUGUCCUUGGAGUACCUAAUCUAUCUUUUAGCAAUGUCCUUGCGGCGGUUUUCGGCAUUAAUUUCGAGCGUAGAGAGAUGCUAGCAC